GGAGGUUCCCCAGGCCUGACCAUGGCGGAGGAGCCUGAAGCUGGCGUUGAGCUGGAGCCGGGCCCCGAAGCUGAUGACCGCUCCAGUUACACGGUGUUCACCGGAUCCUCGGCUGAGGACGUGGCCUACGCUAAAGUUUUCUGGAGCUCCCUGUCCCUGCAGCCGCCGCUCGAGUCCCGCCUGGUGUCCGGGGACAUCAAACAGCGGCUCAAGGUGGCACGGGCCCCGGGGAUCAGCCGCUGCGCAGUUCAAUGUUGUCAUUGUCAGCCAACCGAGGAAGACAUCAAAUCUAAACAACUCCUGAUCGAAGCUCACAUGCAACUGGAAGCAGAAGAAAAGGCAAGGUUAUUGGAGAAGGCUAAGAAACGAGAAGAGAUUCUGGAGUUAAUUAAUAAACAGAGGGAGGAAAGAAUACGGUCUCUGAUGCACCUGUACCCUCAGUCAUCAUGGCAGACGUUAAAUUGACUUCUUGAGAGUGAACCCACGAAGAGCGACCAGCCCAGAUGGCGUCCCCAGCCGUGCACUCAAAUCCUGUGUGGACUACCUGCAGGAGUAUUCACAGAUAUCUUCAACCUCUCCACUUGCUUCAAGAAGAUCACCAUCAUCUUGGUGCCAAAGAAAAAUCAUAGCAGUGUGCCUCAAUGACUACCGCCUGGUGGCUCUGACCUCCAUAAUUUUGAAGUGCUUUGAGAUGUUAGUCAUGGCACAACAGGCCCACAGCAAAUGCCAUCGCCCUGACCCUCCACUCAUUCCUGGAACAUCUGGAUAACAAGGAUACCUACAUCAGGCUACUAUUUAUUGUUUACAGUUCCACCUCCAACACCAUAAUUCCAAACACUUUCAUCUCUUAAACUCUGAGGUCUUGGCUCCCUCUGCAACUAGAUCUUCAACCUCCUGACUAAUAGACUACAAUCAGUCAGAAUAGGAGACAACACCUCCUCCACCAUAAUCCUCAACACCGGUGCCCAACCAGGCUGCAUACUCAGCCCCCUACUAUAUUUACAACUGUGUGGCCAAACUCUGCACCAACUCCGUUUACAAGUUUGCUGACAACAGCACUGUUGUAGGGCAAAUCUCAAACAACAAUCAAACAGAAUACAGGAAAUGUAUUGAAUGCUUAGUGGCUUGGUGUAAAGACAACAAUCUCUCCAUUGAUUUCAGCAAAAUGAAAGAGCUGGUUAUUGACUUCAGGAAGCAGUUGGAGGGCACAUCCCUAUCAGCAUUAAUGGUGCUGGGAUUGAGAUGGUCAAGAGUGUCAAGUUUCUGAGCGUGACAAUCACCAACAAUCAGUCCUGAUCGACCCAUGUUGACGCAAUGGUCAAGAAAGCACAACAACAUCUUUAAUUCCUCAGGAGGCUAUGGAAAUUCAGCAUGUCCACAGGGACUCUUAACAAUUUUUAUAGGUGUACCAUAGAAAGCAUUCUAUCUGAAUACAUCACAGCGUGGUUUGGCAACUGCUCUUCCCUAGACUGCAAGGAACUGCAGAGUGUCGUGAAUACAGCCCAGGCCAUCUCUGAACCGGCCUCCCAUCCAUUGACAUUAUCUAUACUUUCCGCCAUCUCAGGAAAGCAACCAACAUAUCCAAGUUCUCUCCAAUCCCAGUUAUAUUCUCUUUCACCCCCUUUCAUCAGGCAGAAGAUAAAAAAUUUGAACACACGUAUUAAAAGAUUCAAGAACAGCUUCUUCCCCACUGUUAUUCAACUUCUGAAUGGACCUCUCAAAUUUUAAAUUCAAUGUUUAUCUUGGUCUCCAUGCACCUUCUCUGCAGCUGCAACAUUGGAUUCUUCUCUCUCUUCUAUCAUCCUAAUACACUUCAUAUGGUAAGAUCUGCCUGUACUGCACGCAGAACAAAACUUUUCACUGUACUUAAGUAUGUGUGACAAUAACAAGUUAAAUAAGAUCAAGAGAAAAACAGAAUUAACAUUUCUUGUCAAAUAUGACUCAUUUCUGAAGUCAUAUCGGACUCGAAACAUUAACUCUGUUUCUCUGUCCAUGGAUACUGCCACACCUACUGAAUUUCUCUAGCACUUUCUGUUUAUAAACAGAUUUUCAACAUCUGAAGGAUUGUGUUUUAUUUGAUUAAUUAGGUUUGACCCUGGAAUUCUCAAAAAAGCAUUCAGAUAAAUAAAGCCUACAUGCUGUAAUUUGGUUUCACAAGAGUCAAUUUUGUCCAUAUUUGUUCCUGUCAGAAGAAGCCAAGAUUAUUGAAAUGGUACACAGGGAUUACACAAACACCCCUCUUCCAGACCACAGAAUUCCAUUCUUAAUUUGGAAGUGAGAUACUGCUGGAGCUGCUCUUUUCCAUCGUUCCUUUGCUCUUCUUGGAAAACAAGAAAAUGACACUUAAGAAAUGGAUAAAUCUAUAGCACAAAUGAUUGGAUAUUUAACAAUUGCACUACAUUGCACCAGUGAAUUCAGAAGCACCCUCUCUGAGAUAUCAUUGGAGCAGGCCAGUGCCUCUCAUUCUAGGGUAGAAUGGGUUGAAGUUGUCCUGAAAAUGGCCUGAAACAAAUUGCUGCAUGGGAUAGUGGUUCUUCCAAAUGUUUAAUGUGGAGUGCGUGGUAGAAGAUGUUUUUCUCUGAUUCGUCAGUUAUUAUGUGGGAGGUGAUAUUACUGCCAUUGCCUCUUCAUAGUCUGAAAAUGACAUUGUACAAGUUCCUGUAUCAUAUUAAUGAGGACAAACUGUUUUCCUUUCGUUAAUUACUUCAAAAUCUGGUGGAUCAACAUACAAUGGUUCUAUUGGUCCAUUGUAACUGAGCCAGAGAGAUCAGAAUGUCCCAACUCUAGUCCACUGUCUGGUUUAGUGUCAUUUAGCAGCAUCUAAAUCUAUUCGGCCAGUCAUUGUUUUAGCACACCCUCCUGGGAAAGAAAUUAAUGAAGGUGCCCGCUCCUGAUAGCUACUUAAUGAUUUAAUAAGAAAAGCACAAAGUCAACUGAUUAUGAUGCAUUCACAGUCAAUUCACUUGACAACUUGUACAUAAAGAUGUUCAUCUGAAGGCUGCUAGUCCCUCUAAAUACAUACUGCACCCAAGAAGCAACUUGAUUUAGCAGAGUGCUUCAGAAUCAAAGUUAUUAAAAUCCUGUGUGAAACACUUGUGCUAUGCAGAAAUCAAGAAAUGUAAUUCUCCUGCAGACAUUUUCAUUGGAGUUCUUAUGAACACAGUUUUUUUCAGAAUUUCCUUCAUGUGUUCUCAGCCUGCUGAAAAAUUAGAAAUCACACAACACCAGAUUACAGUCCAACAGGUUUCUUUGAAAACACAAAAUU